GUAUGUCUAUAAUCAUAUUUUUGUGAUAUCGAAACGUUUUUCUCUGACUGGUUUGUCAUACUCAUUUUUUCUCUCAAUUUUAAAGCAGGCGCCAGCUGCCUUUCGCGCUACUCGAAAUUCACCUAUUUUACCCGACCACGAUCUGAACCGUAUAAGCUCCGCCCACUCUAUCGCACAGCGCGCGGUUGCCUUACAUUACAUAUUAGUUCCAUCUCGCGGUCGAUUUUUUCCCGAAAUCCUUGGCAUCACCUUGAUCCAAAGAAGUACACUUCUAUGUAGCUCUGAAUUCGUUGGUCUGAAGUCUGAAGUUGAAUCAAAGGUGGAAUGUAAAUUUCAAAUUGUUAUCUCAGAGCACGUGGUUAAAUUUGCUGAUCAAAUUUUAGGUUAAAAUAAACGUAAGAGAUGAAUAAUUGUGCGGUUUGCGGUGGUACGGAAUUUUACAAUGAAGCAGGUUUUUUUUUCUGCACCGAGUGUCAAACACAGAAUGAGGAAAAAAGAGAUGGAAUUUUAGACUUGCGGGUGGAUGGCAUUCGUGUAACAAAGCGGAAGCUACCCAACAAUAAUUUGGAAAAGGCCGAUCAAGAAACUCAGUGGACAACCUGGGAACAGUACAAUUUCAUUCUAAUUGGACUCACUAAUGAAUUAAUUGAACUUGGGGCAACCUCGGAUCUGAAACUCACGGUGCUUCAAUUGUGGGCUGCUUACUUACAAAAGGAAGAAGUGGCAUUUACUUCCACAGUCCAAAGAGAAAUCCCUAAAUUAGCUCGAAGUUUCCAUAAAAAAGAUGCAGACAUUAUAUAUGGUAAGCUUAAGGCACGUAGAAAAAAAUGCAGAAGAGCUAACAGCACAUCUUCGAUUGUAUCUAGUCUGACUAGUGGAGCUAGUUCGAACAGGGAGCUUAGUAGGCGUAAGAUGCUCAUGGUCCGAUCAGAAUAUGACAAAUUUGCAUUAUCUCAGGAAGCCUCAGGAAGUGAUGCCUUAAGUCUUGUGAACCAGAGUUUGCACUGCAUUAGAUCAAGUGGUCGAUCUGUUACUUUUGAGAGACUGAAGUACAGCAAACAUGCAAAAAUGGAGGAGAAGAAAGUUAAGCAAUUAUCCAAAAAGUUACCAGCCUCUAAGAGAAAGAGGUAUCAAAAAAAUCACGUAACAACAAAAUAUCGAACCGGUCCUCACGUCAUAACACCGAUAAAACUUUGGGCCAUCCUUUAUUUGGCUUUGAGAAUUCAUAAUCAAAAUAUACACCUCGCAGAUAUACUGAGGUAUGGUAGAGAAGGGCAUCUAUCUUACUAUAGAUUAGAUCAUUUAUUACCUGCAGAAAUGCAGUUAACCGACAAUGAUGUAAAAUUGCUUACACAAAACAACGAAAUAACACAUAAAGGGAUGAGAAGAACAUCAGCAGAACUUGCCAAAUAUUUAUCUGUCUAUGAAAUAUAUUGUCCUGACUUCAUAAUGCUGAUUGAACGCUACUGUAAAGAUCUGAAUUUGCCAAAAGGGAUUUUAUUGUACGCUCAAAGACUUAUCGCCCUUUCACCUCCAAAAAUGAUUUUCAAUAAGCUGGAACCAUUAAUUCCGAAUUACGAAGGCAGGGCUAUGGCUUACAUUGUAGUUGUGGUCAAGAUUCUUUUCAGCAUGGACGGAAUCACAGAGUACGAAAUGAGUAGAAUAGCUGAGAAAAUAAACAGUGAAGCAAUAGGUGACUUGAAUUUUAAGCUGUUUAGCUUCAGCGAGUGGCAACGAUAUAUCGAAUGCCGACGGAACGUUUUAACAUGCAAGCAUUUUCCUACUAAGUAUAAAAAUGACUCAGAUGCAUUGGGGAAUUCUGAGGUAUAUGUCAAAUUUAUACAAUCUGCUCUAUCGAAACGAGAAGAGAAAAUAGAGGCUAGAAGCAGCAAAAAUACGAUUCCUAUACUUCUGGCUGGGAUUAUGGAACAGUGUGCAAGCACGCUGGUAGAUAGUAAUCAGCACCCGGAACAUAUAGAAAUAUUUUCGCCAUCUCUGAGUCCACAACAGUCGUACUUGGAGCAACUUUUAGAAAAUCCUUUGUAUGAUCUACCUCACAUAUUAUGGACGAACUUUGGCGAGACUGAAGUUUACUAUUCAAUCGAACCAAAUGAAAUCGAGAAAUGUGCUGCCUCAUAUGGAAUUACACUUAAAUUUGUCAACUCUAGACUACAUUUCAUGGAAAAAUUAGUGCCCCAAUUCCAGAGAUCGAAAAUGCCUACCCUGACCGAAUGGAACACACCUGUCACAGUGAUGCGCUGCAAUGACGAGAACAAACUUUCUGCAGAUGGAGUCAAGGAUUUGUUUUUUGAUUCAGAGGAAGAAAACUUUCAGCGUUUCGAAUUGAUAACACCGAAUCAGUUAUACUAUGACAAUCUACAAGAUACGCUGGUUACAGCAAAUAAAAAAAAAGAUCAAGGUCCCAGAGAAAAAUCUAGUGUACAAAGCUUUGGGUUAAAGAAGUCUGAUGCAGAGACAUUCGACUUUGGUUUCCAGGAUGUUACAAGUGAGGGCAAGUUACAGAUCCCUGCCGAGAAUGACUCUGACAGUGAUAAUGAAUCUACAGUAAAAGAUCAUGAAAAUAAUAACACAAGUAAAACGCAGAAGAAUUUCCACGACAAGUAUAAUCUACAUCUUCCAGAUUGUUAUUCAACGGACGUCGAACCUUUCCAGGGAGAAAAUUUACACAAUCAAAUGUACCCUUCAACUGUAUCUGGUAAAAAGGGGAAAUUUAUUCGAGAUUCUAGAGGGAGAUUUGUUCGAGAAGACUCUUCUAAUGUGAGGGAAGAACCGAAAAUUUAUAAGUCUCCACGAAUAAUUAUGCCAUGGUCAAAGAAUAGUGAUUUGCCAAAUAGUGUUCAGAAGAAUAAAAUAAGCUACUCUCAAAGUUCAUCUUACCCAGACAAAGCUAGCGUCCUAAAAUGCAACGAUGAUACCGCAGAAAGAUUUUUCAUACCCAGCAAAGACUAUUGGAUGUACCAUUGUGUAUUUAGUCAUAUAAAACCCAAAAAUUUUGAAUUGUUCGAAUCAGAAUUGCCAGUAAGCUUUCAGUGGUUGUUGAGCGAGUGUGCAGACGCAGUUGAGAUGUCGACGGAAGACUUAUAUGAACAAGUUUGCCUCAUAGAAACAUAUUGUGCACAUGUCUUAAGUCCCAAUACUUUCUCAGAAUAUUUUCCGAACUCCAAAGAGAACCGAACGAAGAUUCAACAGACGAAAAAAAAGUGGUGAUGUAUGACAUUUGGAUUAAUGAAAAUCAAAUAAAAUUCAAUACAUCCUA